AUGGGAAAUCAUCUUUCUCAUACCACCCAGCUCUACCAAUCAUGGGACCUAUUGCAGACCCGCAAGCGGGCUGGUGAAUACGUGCUGACUGGCGACCAACUCCACGCUGUGGAAGUUGUCGCCACCGCAUUUCACGGAGGUGUACCGAAAAUCUCGCGAGACCCUGCAAUCUUAAAAGGUCUUCAGGACAGCGUGGAUGUCCUGUACGAACACCUUGCCAAAGGGCACCCUAUUUAUGGCGUCAACGCGGGCCCCGGAGCGGGUGCGCGCAACUCAACUACCGAUGCCGUAGCCCUGCAGUCCUCUCUAAUGCAAAUGACGCAAACUGGCAUUCUCUCACGCUCCCCCGAUGGCUCGAUGACCGGUCAUUCCAUGCCAUCCCCAUGGGUUCGAGGAGCGAUAGUGGCCAGAUGCAAUUCCAUCCUGCGCGGCCACUCUGCCAUCACGUUGCCUGUCGUGGAGGCCAUGCUGGCCUUGCUCCAGCACAACAUCAAUCCUGUAGUCCCCUUGCGCGGCUCUGUCUCGAGCUCGGGUGAUCUCAUGCCGUUCUCUUACAUUGCAGGCACCAUAGAGGGAAACCCGGACAUUCUUGUUGAGAGAAAUGGAAGGGUCCUCCCGGCACCCCAAGCGCUGAAAGAGGCUGGGCUGCAACCGAUAAAGCUGGGUCCUAAAGAAGGACUCGGCCUGGUGAAUGGGACAGCGAUGUCUGUUGCAGUCAGCGCCAUAGUAAUUACCCAGGCACAUCUCUUGGCCUUACUUACGCAAGUGCUUACCGCGAUGGCUGUCGAGGCACUGCACGGUAGCCGUGAAAGUUUUAACCAAUUCACAGCUCAAGCACGCCCACACUUGAGUCAAGCCGAAGUGACUGCCAACAUCAACUACUUCCUAGAAGAAUCCCGCCUCGUCCGCGACGAUCCCCGGGCCAAGAAUUGCCCUGCCGGAUAUCUAAUACAGGAUCGCUACUCCAUACGAAGCGCGCCGCAAUGGAUCGGCCCGCAGCUUGAUGAUCUGAAUCUAGCAGACCAGCAAAUCAACACCGAGCUCAACUCAACAUGCGAUAACCCACUCAUCGAUGUCUCGACGCGAAGUAUCCACUACGGCUGCAACUUCCAGGCAUCCUGCCUGACAUCCGCCAUGGAGAAGGUUCGGUUAUCCCUACAGAUGUUCGGCAGGCUUCUCUUCUCGCAGUUAUCCGAGAUGAUCGAUCCAAACUUGAGCCAAGGCUUGCCAGCUAACCUGACCGCGGACGAUCCAAGCACAUCCUUUACCAUGAAGGGGGUCGAGGUCAACAUGGCCGCCUAUAUGGCUGAGUUGUCGUACUAUGCCAGUCCCAUGAGCCCGUUCGUGCAGGCAGCUGAGAUGCACAACCAGUCGGUGAACUCGAUGGCAUUAGCGUCCGCUCGCAUGAGUAUGCACGCUACCGAAAUUUUGACUCUAAUGACGGCGACACAUCUGUACGCCGUGUGCCAGGCGCUGGACCUUAGGGCGUUGCAUAUGGAAUUCUUGAGGAACGUCACAGAAGCGAUCGCAUCAGUCACGAAGAAGCUAUUCUCGAGCACCGUAAAGCCCCAAGAGCUCCAAGCUCUUCUCAUGGCGCUCGAGUCACAUAUGUUCCCGGCAUGGUCCGCCACAGGCAGCAAGGAUCCCGUCGACCGCUGCGCCGCGCUGGCGAGCACGGCCUUGCCCAUCGUCAUCAAUCACGUGAGGGGUCUUGUUACGGAUGUGGCCCAGUGGAAGGAUGAGGCCACUAGAGCGGCCUUCGCCACGUGGCGGAGGACGUUUGACGCCUUUUGCGCCGAGCCGCACACGCCUAAGGUCCUGGGCAAGGGGGCUCGGGUUCUGUACCAAUUCGUCCGUGGGGAGCUCGGCGUGCCGUUCCACCAGGGCUUCAUCGAGCACCCCACGAUCCGGUGCGAGAAGCUGCACGGCCGGCCGAAGAAGACGAUAGGCAGCUGGAUCUCCCUCAUCCACGACGCCAUCGAGAACGGCUCCUUGUACCACCCGCUGAUGACUCUGAUCGGGAAGGGUUUGAAGGAACCGCUGAACGACAGCCCACCCCCGCACAAGAAGGGGUAA